AUGCAGACUGCUUCUACAAACAUUUGUGAAAGACUGUGCAAUAAGUCCAUCUGUGAAAUGUGCUUGCUACUAAAUAUUCCACAGUCAACUGUUAGUGGUAUUAUAACAGAGUGGAAGCAACUGGGAACAACAGCAACUCAGCCACAAAGUGAUAUGCCACGUAAAAUACAGAUCCGGGUCAGCGCAUGCUGAAAAGUACAGUGCGCAGAAGUCACCAACUGUCUGUAGAGUCAAUAGCUAAAGACCUCCAAACUUCAUGUGGUCUUCAGAUUAGUACAACAGUGCAUAGAGAGCUUCAUGGAAUGGGUUUCCAUGGCCGAGCAGCUGCAUCUAAGCCUUACAUCACCAAGUGCAAAGCAAAGCAUCGGAUGCAGUGGUGUAAAUUACUCCACCACUGAACUCUAG